AUGGGCCGUCGAAACGUAGCCGUUGUCGACCACGACAACGACGCCGGCAGCUUCGUCUUCCUCUUUUACCUCUUUUACUACUUUGUCCCCGCAGCCCGCCAGCCUCACCUGGCAUUCAUUUCCGCGGACAGCUCGGGCCGCGUCCAUCUCACCAGCAUGGCCUACGGCGGCAAGCCGUCGAGGGGCUGCCAGAUGUGCAGGAUCCGACGAAUCAAGUGUGACGAGACGAAGCCGACGUGCAAGCAAUGCGCAAAGGCCCGCCGACAGUGCCCUGGAUACAGAGGCGCCGACCAAUCGGGCGGCAGACAUGAUGUGUCGCGGCCGACGAGAGCUGACAAGACUUUGGCGCCCAGCUCGGCCAGCUCGAGCGAUGACGGGUCCUCGCCGCCGACAUCGCCUCCCGACGACGGCAUCCCCUCUCUCCUGCGGCCGCCGCUCAAGGACGUGGCGUCCUGCCACUUCAUCUCAAACUACGUCCUCAUUCCCCGCCAGGGCUUCACGGCCACGCGAGGCUGGCUUGAGUUUGUCCUGCCGCUGCUCAAGCAGGAGCCGCCCAUCCCGCACUUCAAGCACGCCUUCAACGCCUGUGCCAUGGCCUCGCUCAACAACCGCGUCGGCACGGGCAACGACUUUGAAAGGCAAGCCCUGGGCCACUACACGAAAGCCCUCGCCACCACCUUUACCGCCUUGAGAGACCCGGACAUGGUCAAGCAAGACGCCACACUUGCAUCCAUCCUCCUGCUCAGCCUAUUUGAGAGCAUCACCGCCAAGAGCCUGGGCAUGUUUGCCUGGAGCUCACACGUCGAAGGCGCCAUAGAGCUUGUCAAGACGCGGGGCCCCGAGCAGCUCAAGACGAAAACCGGCAUGGACCUGUUCGCCGCCGUCCGGAUUCAAAUGAUUAUCCAUUCGCUGAGCACAGGCAAGGCGCCAAGCUUGGGCAUCGAGUGGUGGGCCAACGACCCCGUCUGCAACGGGCACACGGCCGAAUUCCAGCAGUUGAGCGGCCGGACCGGGCUGCUCAGGAACGAAGUCAACAGUCUACUCGGCACCCUCGCGCGGACACCGGAGAAUACAAAGCUGAUGAAGGAGUUCAUCCGGAGGUGCCGGGCCCUGGACAAGGAGGUGGUGGACUGGUUGCAGGGGCUGCCCGACAUCUAUCGGUGGAAGACUGUGGCCUGGGAGGACUACAAUCCCAAGCGCGACUACGCAAAGGCCGAGGCGUUCCCGGGCCGCGUCGACCUGUAUCGAGACCUAUGGGUGGUCAACAUGUGGAACGUGAUGCGAUGCAUGCGCAUCGUCCUGGCAUCCCUCAUCAUUCGCCUUACGGCCUGGAUCAUCUCGCCUGCCGACUACCGAACGACGCCCGAGUACGCGGCCAUUUCGAGGACUUGCGGCGAAGCCAUUGCCGACAUCAUCGCCUCGAUCCCCUACCAGCUAGGCUGGUUCUCCAGGCGCAAAGACCUGCACGUGGCGGAGCAGCUCUCGGGCUUCGCGUGCGGAGAAGACAACACCAACAAGAGUCUUGCCGGCUUCUUCGCCAUCUGGCCCCUCGUCUGCGUGCAGGGUCAGGACUACCUGACCGACCUGCAACGUGUAUGGGUCAAGGGGCGGCUCAAGUGUAUCGCUAAUGAGCUCGGCGUGCGCUACGCCGAUAUGCUGUCCCAGCUCAACGUGCGCAUGCCGUCCAUGCUCAUCCUUCGCGACCGCCUCAAGGGCAACCCGCAAAACAUACCCGUCGACGUGGGCGGCGCGUCACCGGGCAAGCAAGGCAGCGGCGGCGGAGGUGCAGCGGUCGCAAUGCCCGCGCCGCCGGGCUCUUCUCCGGAAUCGGUCAAAAAGCAGGAGGCGGCCUAUCGCAAGAUUAUCCAGGAUCAGACGGAGCAGCUCAAGAAGCAGGCUGUGGAAUCAAACGGGGUCGUGGACGACUGGACGGUCAAAACAUGGUUGCAGUUAUAG